AUGGCUUCCCUAUCCGCUCUGGCAGAAGACAUUAUGCACGGCAUAUGCGAAUACCUCGAUUUACACGAGAUCCUUCAACUCACCCUCACUCAGAAACGCUUCGCAACAUCAUUCGAGCGUAGUCUCUUGCUGCACCGCGACCUAGCAUUGCAAGGAUACGGCGCAAUGAUGUCAGCCAUCAUCAACAAAAACGUCGGCAAGGUUGAGGAGCUAUUGAAACUCGGUUACGAUGCGAACUUUGCGCAGGAAACGCAAGCGCUUGCCUGCCCAGCCGACUUUCCCUUCCCUGUCAACAAUCUGACACUUCAAGCCCCAUCAAAUGUGACCGUCAGACGCGGGACCUCGGCAUUUCUCGCAAUUGAACGCCUGUAUCGCCCCGCCUGCGAUUCACACAAGAUCUUCAUAUCCUACUCCGUCCUAGCCCACGCCGUCUUGGAGGACCAGAUUGACAUCGUCAAACUCUUACAUAAAAGGGGCGCAAACUUGGAGAACCCGCUGCUGCAAGCCUUUACGUUUCGUGGCACGCCAGUGGACGUUGAUCACCAGAUCAGUCUCUUGCACCUGGCGAGCAGCGGUGCCAUGAUCGAGACUCUUUUAGAGCUUGCUCCGAACAUCCCUAUCGACAAGGACAGAUGCUUGCAGACAGAACCGCUGCUCCUCUGGCAUGUCGAUAGAGGCACUGAUAUCAAAGGCCUCCGUCGAUUGUUGGAAGCGGGCGCUCAUGUGGACGGGGCACGUCCGGCAACACAGCGACUUCGAUUUUGCCAGUGCCAGGAGGACGGCACGCUUCACGUCUUCCUAGACCAUCAAUCGCCGCUCGAGGCCGCCAUCUGGAACUUGGACCGGGAUGCCGUUGAGCUUUUGCUUGAACGCGGGGCAUCAAUGGUAUAUCCGCCCAAUGACGAGGGCGAAGUAACUUGUUUGCACGAAGUAAUCAAACUCUUCCUCAUGGACCAUAACCCUGAUGAUCUAGAGGUCAGCCAAGAGAUUUUUCGCCUCCUUCUCGACCGAGGGUUCGACGUUAAUCGCGAAUACACCGAGUCGACGGGGUGGACAGAAGAGGGUACGCGCUGUCACGUGCCGACAGCAGACAAGGUCAACUUACUGAUGGAAGGCCUGAUCAACCCCGUAUCGGCCGAGAUGUUCCAGUUCCUCCUUGAUGCCGGAGCGGAUCCGUAUAACGCCUCGCCUGGCAUACCAGCGGAUGAAAGUCGCCCGAUCCUGCUCGGCUUGUCAGCCUCAGUGAUGAGUCUUCCCACCAGAAUAGCCGAGACAGAAAGGAGCUCGUUGCAAAUCACAAAGCUCAAAGCCCUGCUCGCCAAGAGGGCAGAUUCCACCGGCUUCGACAGGUAUCUCUUGUUCGUAGCUGCCCUGGAUAUUGUGGCACCGGCGAAACCGUGGCAGGCGUUUAAAGUUCUUCAUGAUGUCUUCGGCCCGUUUACUGAGGCCAUGGAUAGAAGUCUCCUCGCGGACUACAUGCACAACGUCACAAAGACCCCAGGAGUCCUUCACGCGGCCGUGCAAAUCAUUGAGCUCCUCAUCAGCUGUGGAGCCUCCAUUAACGGCACCAAUGCCAAAGGCGAGACGGCUUUGCACGUUGCCUAUACCCUCACAAAGACAAGUCCGUUGCCCAUUGCGGAAAUUAACGACGUACUGGCGUGGGACCUUGAUGAGGAGCAGGGUUUCACGGUGGGCUGGGCUAUCGGAACAAACACCAUUGGACAACAGACCAUCAAUGAAUUCUUGAGCGGGCUCCUUAGUGGUCCGGCGGAGGUAGAGAAGCGGGCGAAAAACGCGACUGCAAUCUUUGACAUAUUGAUCAAGGCUGGAGCGGAUCAAAGUAUUUUGAAUGACAAGGGGGAGACGCCGGCAAUGGUGAUGGCUCAGCAAGGUUGGCUCCAGCUACCACCUUCUCCCGGUUCUGAUUCAGGAAGGGUGCCUAUGGCUGAGGCUAAAUCGGACUCAGCGCAAGACGAGAAUAUCUUAUCUAGUGCCUUUGCGAUCUAUAAGAGGCUUCAAGAACUCGCUGCGGCGGGGUCGCUUGCUACUUAG